AUGCGUAUCGAAAUCACGAAGUGUUCGGGAACAGCGGCAGGAAUCAAAUCAUGCAAUAAGACGAGCAUAAGCAAGAUCAAGAGCAAGAGCAACGCAGGCAAGUUACGUCUUCAACCACUGCUUCUGGUACUGAAUUACUUUGAUAACAAUGAUAACAUUAGCAGCUCUGCGGGUUCUACCAUACAGCAAAGAACCACCGAUGAAAUACUGCCACAAGAGCAAGAACAGGGCAGGCAAGUUAUUUCCUCAAACAAUGCUUCUGGUACUGAAUUACUUGAUAACAAUGACACCAUUAGCAGCUCUUCGGGGUCUGCAAUACGAAAACAACCCAACGAUGAAAAACUCUCGCUUGAGGGCAUCGUGUUUUCGCUUCCGGACAGUGAUCACCUCAUUGUGAACGGUUUCAACCUCUCCUAUGCAUUCCACCAGCUACAGCAAUCAGUCAGUGCCAAAUGGAAGCACUCUCUAGAGGAGCAUGUGCAUUUGGCGUUGGCUUCGACAUCUGUUCUUUGGCUGACUCGUAACAGAUACCCACAGGAUGUCUCAGCUUUCAUUAGCUAUGCUAAUUGGAAUGCAGCUGUUGAUUCAGUUGAGGAGAUGUAUGGUAUCAAGCGACAACCAAUACCGUUGGUUGUCACCAGCAGCUUGAUAUCCAUCGUCGACGACUUGCUGAAUGAAAAGAUCAACCGGGAGCAGGCAAACGUUCGAAUGAUUUCGCUGUCCUUGGAGCCAAAUGCUCACAAGUUUGCCAAAGCAUUGGGGUUAUUACUCCAGAAGCUACCAAACCAGCCGCUGGAAGAAGACUUUGGUGAGGCUGAGCUUUGCACUAGGUUUGUGGACCCGUUCCUCUGUGGGUUGUUUGACAGCCCCGAUCACAAUGUCUACCUACGUUGGACAAAUGAGUCUACAUUGGAAGCCAAAUCAGCAAAUGGCUCCAAUGAAAGACCAGACAUCUGCAUCACCAAGUCCCUAGGUGUGAGAUGGACCACCAACCUUGGUUACGGAGAGGCAAAGUCUGCUGCACGAGACCAAGACAACUACCUUAUCUGCUGGGACUUGCUGAAAGUGACAAUCUUCUGCAAAGAAGCACUUGAUUCCCAGCAGAUGGAAGGUAUGUUGGGUAUGCAAAUUAUCGGCAGAACAAUAAAGUUCUACCUCUUGGUCUUGCCUGCCAGUGGACUUUACGGGUUGAUUGACUUGGCAGUCAUCAAACUUCCGGACUCUCUUCAAAACUUGACCAGUUUUGUAACGGAAGUGGCAAACGUUUUAAAGGUACUCGAUGCUUUUGAUCGAGUCUGCGUCCCUGCCAGUGAUGCCCCAACCAUUAUGAGUCGUUGUACGCCGACUGUUUCUAUGGCAAAGCUCGCGCAGCUCUUUACCUCAUCGAGGAAUAGAAAGAAGCGAUGUCAUGUGAAACUUAGAAACAACUGA